GCUGCAUCGCCCAUCUGUGAGGUUGGUGGUCUGCCUGAAUUUCAUUCCAUGGUUUUGGGUAACAGUUUGUUUCCUGAGAAACCUCCACUGAUUUUCAAGGACACCUACCUUGCAAACGCCAGAAUAGCCAUGCCUUGAUUUUCAAAGGACACCUUACGAACUUUUCCUUUGCGUGUAUAACAAGGCCGUCUGAAAUUUUGUUUCACUUAAAUCGAAACCAACACACGUUAGUACAAAAUUUCUGUUUAGUUCUCCGAUUGGCUGAAACAGGCCUCGUUAAUUGAUUCAUCUAAUGACGCCACAUCUUGGGAUAUUGCUCCCUUUUAUUAUAUGCCGAAGCACGUGAGUAACAGAGAAUAAAACACACAGAUACAGUCAAACAGAAAAAAGGAACUCCACACAUGUGCAGGCUAGAAAACGAUUGGCCGAAUCUAGACCUGCUAAUCCUAUGCAUUAGUGGUCAGCUCAAACAGACAAAGUGACAACGAUGGGGGUUCCGUGAUCGAUUUUGUUACCCGGAAAUAUCAACGCUUUUUUGCUUACUUAAUCUGUAGUGCGGACGAUAGAGGAAAUGACAUUAUUGUCUUGAUUGAUAGAGCUCGUCUUGCUAACUGCUCCGUCCACUUUUGUUCGUCAGAUAGUGUAUUAUGUUAGAAACUCACGUGUGUUGAACUUGGCAGCCAAGAAUACAAGUGAGAGGUUUCAAGCAGGGUACCAAGCAACAUGGAUGAGCCCCUUGUUGGGAGCAACAUCGAGAAGACAGCAGGGCCAAAAGAGAGCCUUGUGGUCACUGAGAUCAAGAAGCAGCUGUACCUUGCCGGGCCUCUCAUCGCCGGAUGCCUCCUACAGAACGUCGUCCAGAUGAUAUCAGUCAUGUUUGUCGGUCAUCUCGGUGAGCUCGCUCUCUCGAGUGCCUCCAUCGCCACCUCCUUUGCUGGUGUCACUGGCUUCAGCUUGUUGGCUGGCAUGGCAAGCAGUUUGGACACACUCUGUGGGCAAGCCUUCGGGGCAAAACAGUACCAUCUUCUCGGCAUCUACAAGCAGAGGGCUGUCCUUGUGCUUACUAUGGUGAGCGCUGUGGUCGCGAUAAUCUGGUCGUACACCGGGCAGAUACUUCUGCUCGUCGGCCAGGACCCGGAGAUUGCUAUGGGGGCAGGGAGCUACAUCCGGUGGUUGAUUCCAGCUCUAUUUGUUUACGGACUUCUGCAGUGCCAUGUCCGGUUCCUGCAGACGCAAAACAUAGUUCUCCCGGUGAUGAUGAGCUCAGGUGUCACAGCGCUGAACCAUGUCCUUGUGUGCUGGUUGUUGGUGUACAAGCUUGGGAUGGGCAAUAAGGGUGCUGCCUUGGCCAAUGCCAUCUCUUACCUGGCCAAUGUGUCCAUCUUGGCUAUCUAUAUCAGGGUCUCUCCAACCUGUAAGAACACCUGGAUAGGGGUCUCAAAGGAGGCGUUCCGUGACCUUUUUAGCUUCAUGAGGCUUGCCGUUCCAUCUGCUCUUAUGGUUUGCUUGGAGUGGUGGUCAUUUGAGCUCCUGGUACUUCUCUCUGGACUUCUCCCGAAUCCUAAGCUCGAAGCGUCAGUAUUGUCCAUCUGCCUAAACACCAGUUCGUUAAUAUUCAUGAUCCCUUUCGGGCUUGGGGCAGCCAUAAGCACCCGUGUUUCAAACGAGCUUGGUGCUGGGCGGCCUCAAGCUGCCCGUCUGGCUACUCGUGUGACCAUGGCUAUGGGUCUUGUGACGGGUGUAUCAUUAGGACUUCUUAUGAUUUUGGUGCGCAAUGUAUGGGGGUACUCUUACAGCAAUGAGAAGGAAGUUGUGGAAUACAUUUCCAGAAUGAUGCCAAUUCUGGGCAUUGCAUUUGUUUUCGAUGAUCUGCAAUGUGUCCUUUCAGGUGUUGUUAGGGGUUGUGGUUUGCAAAAGAUUGGUGCUUGUGUCAAUCUCAGUGCAUAUUACCUUGUCGGUGUUCCAGCAGCAUUAUGCUUUGCCUUUUUCUACCAUUUUGGCGGAAUGGGACUUUGGUUCGGAAUAAUGUGUGGACUCGUCGUGCAGAUGCUGCUGCUACUGUCCAUCAGCAUGUACACCGACUGGGAGAAAGAAGCUUCGAAGGCAAAGGACAGAGUUUUCAGUUCUUCCCUUCCUAUAGACAUGGCCACAUGAACAUGCGAGAUGCAUCUUUGACAGAACACGGUGCAAGGAAAGAUAUGGAACUCACGAAGAAUUUGUCGCGGAGAAAACUGCUUCGUCUCAAUGCCACGAGCAUGUCACUUCCUUCAGAGACAGCCGAAGAAUGAUCUGAUUUUGUGAUUUUUUUGUCGAUGGCGUGGGAUAAGAUAUUUUGAAAGCAAAGGCAUGGCGCUUGAUAUUACAAGGCCAUAAGGGAAUAAAGUGUUUUGUUGAGUAGAGGAAAACGUAGUAUGGACAUGACAUUUCUUUUGAGAAUUUAGUAGACUAUUUUAUUGAUUACAAAAUCAGACUUUUCUUC